AUGCCUUAUCAUGGUUCUGAAAUUGGUGAUGAGAUCCAGCCUCCAGCUUACAUUCCCGUUACUUCAAUUCGAGCCGUCAAUACUCGGCCGGUUGUAAUUAUGGGGGAUUUGAAGCACAAUAUUACGAAGGAUUUGUUAACAGAAUUUCCUGAUGAUUUCAAAUCCUGUGUCCCUCAUACCACAAGACCUCGGAGACAUGGUGAGGUGAAUGGGCGUGAUUAUCAUUUUGUAAAAUCUCGAACUCGAAUGGAAUCAGAGAUCCAACUGAAUCGAUAUAUCGAAGCUGGAGAAUAUAAAGGGAACCUCUAUGGAACUCAUCUAAAUUCCGUCUUCAAAAUAGCGUCCACUGGACAGCAUUGUCUGCUUGAUGUUGGUGUUCUGGCACUUCAGAGAUUGGAUGCUGCAGGGUUGCUACCAAUCACCAUAUUUGUGCUAUCUGAUCUACUCGAUCAGUCUUUACGAGUUGUGGAUCCUUUAGCAACAACAACUACUAAGCAGGAAGAGAUUAACCCUAAUCGGAAGCUGAAAAGACUAGAAAAGAAUUUCACUUUCUUGAAGGCGAAUGCGUCUUUAAUGACUGCCGUGUUAUCUGUCAAUGAAUACGAUGAUUGUAUUGAACGAAUAAGGAGGGUUGUUAGCGCGAACAGAGGACCGAAUGUUUGGACGGCAUCAAAUGAUUUUCUUCCUUGA